AACCACCACGCGUUCAGACCGUUUCAAAAUGCCGAAAUGGCAAAUUCCAGCGUACACAGAGAGAGAAGGGACACAAUGAGGUCUUAAGUUUAGGGAGAGGGGAGAGACAAGGAGUUUUAAUUUUAGUGUAAUCAAUGGGCUUCCGAUUCGAACGGAUCAGUGAAUUAUGCCAGAGAAUGAGAAUGGCUCGAAUGUUUCUUUGUUGUUAAAAGAGAGAGGGAGAACGGUUCAGUGAAUUCUGCCAGCUUGGAUGUUUCUUUGUUGUUAAAAGAGAGAGGGAGAGAGUUCUAGGGUUUUUAUUUAGCGGGGAUUAUGGAUGGGGCUCAGGCUCCUGGUACCAAUGCCCCUGCACCUUUCCUCUCAAAGACUUAUGAUAUGGUGGAUGAUUCAACAACAGAUUCAAUAGUGUCAUGGAGUUCAUCAAAUAACAGUUUCAUCGUAUGGAGCCCUCCUGAAUUUGCCAGAGAUUUGCUCCCCAAAUACUUCAAGCACAAUAAUUUCUCCAGUUUCGUUCGCCAACUUAACACUUAUGGCUUUCGAAAAAUAGAUCCUGACCAGUGGGAAUUUGGAAACGAGGAAUUCAUUAGAGGACAGCGUCAUUUGCUAAAGAACAUCCACAGACGUAAGCCAAUACACAGCCAUUCACAGCAUCACCACCAAGCACAAGGGAAUUCUUCAGGGGCACCAUCCGAACCUGGGAAACAGGAACUAGAGGAUACAAUUGAGAGACUCAAACGUGAGAAAACUGGGAUCUUGGCUGACCUACAAAGGCGCAUGCAGCAACGGCAUGGGAUGGAAUCACAGGUGCAAGAUUUAGAGGACCGUUUGCAUCGAAUGGAGAACCGUCAAAAGCAAAUGAUUGCUCUCUUGAGCCAGCGAGUGCAAAAGCCUGGAUUUUCCUCUUACAUAGGAGAGCAGAUUGAGUCCCAUAAGUUCAUCUCCUCGGCUAACAAAAAGAGAAGAUUGCCCAAACCGGAUUCUACUUAUGCACGGGUAGAUAUUCAAGAUGGUCGCUUGAUUGCUUUCCAAUCUGCAAGGGAUAACUCUGAUGGAGUUUCAACACAAUUAAUUAACAUUGAGCCUUUUGAAAAAAUGGAAUCCUCUUUAGAUUCAUGGGAGAGUUUCUUCUGUGAUGUGGGCCAUGCUUGUGGAGAGGAAAUGGAUAUCGGUUCCAUCACCAAUCGCCCAUCCACUGUAAUUUUGACCGAAUUGCAUGCAACAUCGGAAGAGCAAGGAGUGCUUCCCGGGCCUGAAUCACCUAAGCAAAAUGCCUCAUCUCUUAGAUUAAUUGAUCUCCAUUCUUCUCCAGAAUUGGCAGAGUCUACUAAUCAUGUGGAAAGCCCAGAUCCAGGGCCUCCUCGUUUUGAAUAUCAGGAAUUAGCUAACCAUGCUAUAAGAGUUGGGAAUUCUGAAGCCAUUCCAGACUCUCAGAUUAAGGGUUGUGGGAUCGAUGUGAACUCUGAGCCGGCCUCCGUCGAGGUUCAUUCUUCUAAUCAAAGGGUAGUGGGUACGGUGACUAGUAGUGCAGUACAAACUGGGGUAAAUGAUGUAUUUUGGGAGCAGUUUCUUACAGAGACUCCAGGUUCAACUGAUACACAGGAGGUCCAAUCGGCUAUGAGAGAUGGUGCCUACCGUAAAUUGGAGAGCAAACAGGGAGAAAUUGGGGGCUUCUGGUGGAGCAAGAAGAAUGUGGAUCACCUUACUGAGCAGAUGGGGCAGCUCACCCCUGCUGAGAGAACCUAAUGAUGGAUGAUGCUCAGGUACUAUGAUUAAUCAUUAAGUUAAUUAUGUAACAAUUAGUUAGACUCAUGAGAAAUGUUGUUUGAUGUUUCUUUUUUGACUCAUGGGACGGCUCUUUUCACGUACAAUACAACCUAUCAGUGAGCUCUUAGUGCGUAA